AUUUCCUCCAACAUCUCGACAUAUUCUCUUCACUUUCUUCCACCUUUCCACAACUUCCGCUUAAAUACUUCCAAGAUGUCGUUCGGCAACUAUUACGAGCAAGACGAUCCGAUGGCGAUGUAUCAGAUGCUGCAAAGAGGCGGCAUGCGUGGUCCUCCCAAGCGUUUCGAUGAAUACUACCGCUGCUACCCAACAGUCAUGCUUCCUGGGCCCGAAAGAGAGGAUCUGAACUAUGGCGGGAAGAUUAUUAUGCCGCCCUCUGCGCUCGAGAAGCUCACCAGACUACACAUCACCUACCCCAUGCUCUUCGAGCUCACAAACGGCCAGACGGAUAGAACGACUCAUUGCGGUGUAUUAGAAUUCAUUGCGGAGGAAGGGAAAGUGUAUCUGCCAAACUGGAUGAUGCAAGUCCUCCUUCUUGAUACUGGGGACCUGAUCCAAAUCCGCUCUACUGAUCUCGCCCUCGCCUCUCUCGUCAAACUCCAACCGCAGGAUGUCAACUUCCUCGAGAUCUCCGACCCGAAAGCCGUGCUCGAGAAAGCUUUCCGAAACUUCUCUACCGUCACAAAAGGCGACAUCUUCUCCUUCAAAUACAAUGAUACUAUUUACGAUGUAGCAGUCUUGGAGGUCAAGCCAGAGAGUACUAAGAUGGGAGUCUGUGUAAUGGAGACAGAUGUAGAAGUCGACUUUGCCCCUCCGAUAGGCUACGUCGAGCCCACCCGAACAUGUGGCACAUCCACACCCAGAUCUGGAGUCGGUCUGCCCGCAGGAGGAACGCUACAUAGUCAAGGGACCAUGGCACAAGCCAUCAACUACGACGCUAUCGCCCCAUCAUCCAACUCCGCUCUCGCAGGCGCCAAAGCCGUAUCCUCGAACUUCCUCCUUGGUGGGCAGAAACUCUCUGCAAAGAAGAGCAGCAAGAAUCCUACUCCGAAAGCCUCUACUCCCGUUGCAGGAACGAGUACGAACCCUCCCCCCGCAGCAGUAGCUCCUGUCCGCAGAACGAACGGACCGCAACCUCUUAGGCUAGCACCCAAUAAAUUGUUCUUCGGGUAUGAGAUCAAGCCGGUAAAGACACAAGCCGACAAGGAUAAGGAGAAUGCCGAUGCACAACAACCUCACUUUUCUGGACAGGGUCACACCUUGAAGGGUGGUGCCAAGCGCGAGAAAGAGGAGAAGCCUGAGAUCAAGGAGGCGAAGAAGCCUGAACCAAGUGUGGGACGAAGAUUGGAUGGACGAAAAGCCUAGACUUGCUUCUUAAUCGAUUCUGGAGACUGGGCUGGGACUUUGACUUGGGAGGGCAUGAGGGAUGGCGUUGGAGAGGCUGCUAUUACUUACGUGCCCGAUGCUAUGCUUGGGUCAGAUAAAUAGCUCAGUUGAGCAGAAGAAUGAUACUUUGAUUCCUCAUCACCUCCCUAGUGUGAGGGCUUGAGUCUCAUUUUAACCGUUUUAGACAUUUUCACCAUUCCAAGAAGUGAAGGCGCAGCCGCUGAGUCUUCUGGCUUUAAUGGACAGGUUGCUAGGGUUUUGCCGCAGCCUCAUUCCCUCGUCGCUUUGAGAUGCACCAUGAUGUGAGCCUUCAAGGAAUUGUUAUUCUUCGUUAGCUUUGUUGACUUUCUAUUGCUAUAACAUAUGUAUGCACACACACAUAUGAAUUUGCUAGGGAAGAAAUUGUUCCAUACCACCAUGGAGCAUUACAUCUGUUUGCAGGGGAGCUGAUUGGCGUGAAGCCGAUUUGACCUGCGCCGCCUAUUCUCAGCUUUGAUGUGUUUCUCCAAGGCGAGGAAUACCAGAAGCACUCCACUUUCGUCCUCGUCUUUCGCAUAUUUUUCAAUCUCAGCAGCAGUCUUCGGCUUCUACAGUUUCUUACCGUAUAUCAUGUCUUUGAUCGUACCUCCAACGCUUUCUACGCCCCAUUUUUCUUUAUCAGACAUCUGUACUUCACGCCUCAAAGGUGGGUGGUCUAGGGUGGCUUUUGCCAUUUUGGUGUACUCCUAGUAUUUGAUUUAGCGCCU